CUUUUUCUUUCAAGGUGAUUGUUGGAUUUGGUGCUGAAUCUUUGCUUUGAAGUGUGCAUCAAAGGUGUGAUAAUGCAGGAGGAGGAAAAUCAGGAAGAUCCAUUUGGUGAAUCUGUGGAGGAAAAUGAACCCGCAAAGGGUGUUUGGGACUGUUUCUGCAUUCCCAUAUAUUGGUUUAGCAUGCUUUCAAGGGAAAUGCAUUGGAGCUUUGUGUUUGGGGUUGUUGUUGUUUAUGGAAUAAGCCAGGGACUUGGUGGAGCUCUUGCUGGUGUUGGCACUAAGUAUUACAUGAAAGAUGUUCAGAAAGUGCAGCCAUCUGAAGCACAGGUUUAUGCAGGAAUCACAUCCAUUCCUUGGAUUGUGAAGCCUCUUUGGGGUCUUCUCACUGAUGUUCUCCCAGUUUUUGGGUAUCGGAGGAGACCUUAUUUCAUUUUUGCUGGUUUCUUAGCGGUGAUUGCCAUGCUUUUGUUAUCUUUGCAUGAAAACAUGCAUCUUGUGUUGGCCCUUUUGUCAUUAACAGCUGGGAGUGCUGGGGUGGCAAUAGCAGAUGUGACCAUUGAUGCCUGUGUGGCACAGAACAGUAUCUCUCAUCCCUCACUUGCCACUGACAUGCAAAGUUUAUGUGCCUUCAGUUCUUCUAUUGGAGCACUAUUAGGAUUCUCCAUUAGUGGUAUCUUUGUUCACCUUAUAGGCCCUAUGGGGGUGUUUGGUUUGAUGACUAUUCCAGCUGGACUCAUAAUUUUGGUUGGUUUUCUGCUUGAUGAGCCUCGUAUGCCCAAUUCAUCUUACCGACAGGUGAAACAAAAUUUUCUUGAUGCUGGCAAGGCUAUGUGGACUACAUUGAGGUGUGAAGAUGUAUGGAGGCCUUGUUUAUACAUGUAUUUAUCCCUUGCAUUGAGUUUGAAUAUCCUUGAAGGAAUGUUUUAUUGGUAUACUGACUCAAAGGGUGGACCAUCUUUCUCUCAGGAGGGUGUUGGUUUUAUAUUUUCAAUUAGUUCAGUGGGUUCCCUUUUAGGUGCAAUACUAUAUCAAUAUGCGCUAAAGGACUAUGCAUUCAGAGACUUGCUCUUCUGGACUCAAUUGCUUUAUGGUUUAUCAGGGAUGCUUGAUUUGAUUCUAGUCUUGAGAUGGAACCUCAAGUUUGGUAUACCAGAUUAUUUCUUUGUUGUGGUUGUUGAAAGCAUAGCUCAAAUGACUAAUAGGCUCAAAUGGAUGCCUAUGCUUGUACUCAGCUCAAAACUUUGUCCCUCAGGUAUUGAAGGCACUUUCUUUGCCCUACUAAUGUCAAUUGAUAAUGUUGGACUUCUCUCAGCAUCAUGGAUUGGAGGCUUUGUGCUUCACAUACUAAGGAUUACAAGAACACAAUUUGAUAGUCUUUGGUUGGCUAUUUUGAUCCGCAACAUUUUGAGGAUCGCUCCACUUUGUUUGCUGUUUUUGGUGCCUAGAGCUGACCCAAAUUCUUCCAUUCUUCCUAGUGAAAGCCUCAAUUCAAAGGUGGCUAUUGAAACUUUAGACACCAAAAAUGUUGAAUUGGUGUCCCUUGUACACGAUGUUGAUGGUAAGAUCUGAGUGAAAAGAUAUUCUUUUGGAUUCUCAAUUUCAAGCAUACGAAGUUACCAUGCCAUUGUAGAAUUAAAUCAUGUAUUUUUUUUUUCAUUUAAUGUAAAAGUUAAAAAAAAAAAAAAAGAUUUUGAG